GCAAAACAGCGCAUGCGCGGUGCGGAGCCCGGGGCGUCGCUGGGAAACUGGUGCCUUCGGCUGCGGCGGGACCCGCGGACAUGGCGGCUGCGGCGCUGGCGCGGCUUGUCACCGCUUUUCUGUUCCUCGCGGCCGAGGUGGCCUGUGAGUACGGCAUGGUGCGUGUGCUUCCGGAGAGUGGGACCCCCAAAGGCAAGGACUACUGCAUCCUGUACAACCCCCAGUGGGCCCACCUGCCGCAGGACCUCAGCAAGGCGUCUCUCCUGCAGCUGCGCAACUGGACGGCCUCGCUGCUGUGCUCCCCGAGCGACCUCCCCGCCAGCGGCUUCAGCAGCCAGAUCCCACUGGUGGCCCGCGGGAACUGCACCUUCUACGAGAAGGUGCGGCUGGCCCAGGGCAGCGGGGCGCGCGGGCUGCUCAUCGUCAGCAAGGAGAAGCUGGUUCCCCCAGGAGGCAACAAGACGCAGUACGAGGAGAUUGGCAUCCCCGUGGCCCUCCUCAGCCACAGAGACAUGCUGGACAUCUUCAGGGCAGAGCUUCGGCCAAGCAGUGCGGGUGGCGCUGUACGCACCCAGUGAGCCGGUGCUGGACUACAACAUGGUCAUCAUCUUCAUCAUGGCCGUGGGCACCGUUGCCAUCGGGGGCUACUGGGCCGGGAGCCGGGAUGUGAGGAAAAGGUACAUGAAACACAAGCGGGACGACGGGCCCGAGAAGCAGGAGGAGGCGGCGGUGGACGUGACGCCUGUCAUGAUCGGCGUGUUCGUGGUCAUGUGCUGCUCCAUGCUGGUGCUGCUCUACCACUUCUACGACCACCUGGUCUAUGCCAUCAUCGGGAUCUUCUGCCUGGCCUCCUCCACCGGCCUCUACAGCUGCCUGGCCCCCUGCGUGCGCCGGCUGCCCUUCUGCGAGUGCAGGGUCCCCGACAACAGCCUGCCCUACUUCCACAAGCGCCCGCAGGCCCGCAUGCUGCUCCUGGCUCUCCUCUGCAUCGCCGUCAGUGUGGUGUGGGGCGUCUUCCGCAACGAGGACCAGUGGGCGUGGGUCCUGCAGGACACGCUGGGUGUGGCCUUCUGCCUCUACAUGCUCAGGACCGUCCGCCUGCCCACGUUCAAGGCCUGCACGCUGCUCCUGCUGGUGCUCUUCCUCUACGACGUCUUCUUCGUCUUCGUCACGCCCUUCCUGACCAAGAGCGGGAACAGCAUCAUGGUGGAGGUGGCCACUGGGCCCUCGGACUCGGCCACUCGUGAGAAGCUGCCCAUGGUCCUGAAGGUGCCCAGGCUGAAUGCCUCGCCACUGGCCCUGUGUGACCGGCCCUUCUCCCUCCUGGGCUUUGGAGACAUCCUGGUGCCAGGGCUGCUGGUGGCCUACUGCCACAGGUUCGACAUCCAGGCACAGUCCUCCCGGGUCUACUUUGUGGCCUGCACCGUGGCCUAUGGCAUUGGCCUCCUGGUGACGUUUGUGGCACUGGCACUCAUGCAGCGUGGCCAGCCCGCCCUCCUCUACCUGGUGCCCUGCACUCUGGUGACGAGCUGCCUGGUGGCGCUGUGGCGCCGGGAGCUGGGCGCCUUCUGGACGGGCAGCGGCUUUGCGGUGAAUACGGAAAGACCUACCUCAGACCCAGUGGGCACCGGCUCCUGCCGACAGUCCACAGCCUCCGAAGGACUCAGACGCCCCGCUGUCCCCACGGUCUGUCAGCCAAGAACCAGUCAGGUCCCCUAUGCCCCCUGAGAAGCCCCAGGAACCGUCCGCACCUGAGGAGACGGGGGCAGCAGCCCCUGCCCAGGAGCCCAAGAUCCCGGACAGCAGCACCCCAGAAGCCACGCAGCCAGGGACCUUGGCCUAGGGAGAAGGUGCACGGCUCUGGACCCUCGCGGCCGCCACAUCACGCCGAGAUGCUGGGGCUGCCUGUGUCUGCAGCGGACGUGGGUGCCACCGCCCCCUGGACAAGGCCUGCGCCGGGCCCCUCUCCUACAUGGUGCUCAGUGCCCGGCGAGGUUCCCGCAGCUCCCCCUCCGCCCCUGCCUGCCCCCGCUGCAGCCGCACCCUGGCCCUCUCCAGCGGCUCCGCCUGCUUGGCUGCCCUGCCUGCCAGCCCUGCAGUCUUCCUUUGGGUCCUCCUCCUGGUUUCACGAGGGGUGCUUGUGCUCUCUGGAGCCCAGUGGGCGCUGCCCAGGUCCCUGCGUUUGGUGCUUCCCUCCUGCUGCCCCGGGCUCUCCCUGCAGGACUGCUCUGACGGGCUGACUCCCGAGACCCCUGGACCAGGUGCCAGGAGCCGUGGCCCCCGGGGCAGGAAGCAGCCACAUCCCGGGGCUCCAGCUGAGGCCUGAGGGACAGGGCCCGUGGGGCUGGGGGUGGCGAGCCAGGCUUGGGUGAAGGCAGCGGUCCUCAGCAGGGCCAUCAGCCAGUGGCACGCGAGUCUGCCCCGUGGAGCAGGCCGGGCACCAGCGUCCUGGAGCUGGGGAGUAGGACUGGCCCAGGGCCCAGUCUUCACGAGUCACAAGUGUCAGCGUGGCACCUGGUGCCUCCUCUGUGGAGGGGCUUCUGGAAGGUGCGAGGAUGACCCAGAGUUGGCCUUCUGCCCUCUACCUCAUCGACUGACAGGGGCCUGAGCUGGAGUUGGCCCAGGUGUGGCUGCUGGGCCUGCGUCUCGCUGCACGUCCCCACUGCAGGCCAGGAAGGCGACAGAGCCUGGCGUCCUGCAGCCUGCGCACAUCCCCACGUGGCCCCUGCCCAGGGCAGAUGUGCCAGCACUGCAGACGGCGAGCGCAUCUGCCUCCAGGGAGAGGACGAGGAUGGCCCUCCCCGAAAGCCACCGCCAGCGCCUCUUAGCCACUCCUGUCCUGGAGGGGUGAGCUUGGCCAAGAGCAGCGGUUCCUCUGGACGCUGAGGUGCUGGGCGGGACCUGGGGGCAGGCGGCUGCUUCUGCACUCAGACUGCACCCUGAGCCGCCCGGGGCGGGUCAGGGCCACGUCCUCAGGCUGGGGUGGACCAGGGUGGACUUCCCAGGCAAGCGCCACUCAGGGUUGGCCUUGCUUCUGUUGACUAAGGAUUAAACGUCGCUUUUGGUAUCUGC